AUUCGUGUUGUUGGAUGUGUUGAAUAUUUAACUACGUAGCUUACCUUAGGAUAACAAAUAAUACAAUGCCUUGGCAGUCUUGUGAUAUUAUUUUGAACAGUGGUUCAACGGGUUGUUUUUAUGCUGGUGACAUUAUAACGGGGACUGUUGUAGUGAAAUUUCAGCAGAAACAGAAAAUAGAACAUUUUGAUCUCGAUGUUACUGGAAUUAGUAAGGCAUCGUGGACUAGACCAAUGCCAACAAUCCCGUAUAUAAAAAUAUAUUCACAAACAAGCGUCGUCCUUAGUAUUAAAACUGAUAUAUUUCCUGAAUUGCAAGGAAAAACUGUUGGUCCUGGGACAUAUACACACCCAUUUUAUUUUUCAUUGCCGCCAGACCUACCAUCAUCAUUCAAAAGUUCCAUAGCGAAAGUAUUUUAUUUCGUCAAAGUGCAAUGCAAAGCGGCUUACCAAUUCAAAAAGAAAACUUUUGUAACAUUUAAUGUCUUGAGGAAUGUAGAUCUCAACCAUUUAGAAGAAUUUUUGGUGCCCACAUUUACGGAAAUGCAUAAAAUAUUUUGGGACUCGAGUAAAUUGUCAAUGCAAUUGCAGACUCAUACUGGAUUUGCACCAAAUCAAAUAAUAUUAUUCGAAGUAAUGAUAUGUAAUGAGAGCAGAGUAAAAAUGUCGAAGCUUAUUAUCACAUUAGUGCGAGAAAUCGAGUAUAAUGUAUCUUCGGGUUAUUUAAAGGAAGAAAAAAAGGUAGAGAACGUUACAUACAACAAAUUUAAAAACGAAGAAAAAGAAGUUUUCAACUUGAGCAUGAAGAUACCGCCAACAAAUCCAUCAAGCGAUUAUUCUAUGAUUAAAAUAGAAUAUAAACUCUCGGUAACACUGGAUUUUCCAUAUCAUUUUUCCGUACAUAAGGAUAUACCUGUGAAAAUUUCUACAGUACCAGUUAUGCAUGUAGAACUAUUUAAGUAGUUGAAAGUCAUUAAAUUUAUUCCAUUAUG